GCUCGCUGCGCGUCUCCGCUCUGUCACUGCGCUGGGAGGAGAAAAGCGUUUUUCUCUGAAACGCUCCAAACUUUCUCGGGUUUUUCUCCUCAGUUGCUUUUCUGUCCGUCAGUGUCCACACUUCUCUCUCUCUCCCUCUCUUUCUCUCUCUCUCUCUCUCUGUGCGGGUUUGUGUGAUUCCCGCAGGACCAUGCUGCAGUGUGUGUAUCUGCUGGUGCUGUGCGCAGGACUGAUGGAGACGCGCCGGAUGAACAACACGUGGAGCCCCACGGAGGCGCCGUCACAUGACCUCCUCGCUCUCUCCCCCACUGGACUCCUCAGCGCUAGCUCAGCGCUAACACACGGCGGCAGCGUGACGGGCGAGUCGGCGGUCACGCCCCCGGACGGCCAGCGCAGGAGAUCGGCCCGCGGCUCUAAAGACGGGAGAUCAAAGCAGAGGGCGGAGCUUCACGAGCACCGACGCCCGCGGCCCUUUGACCCGGACAGUUAUUUCACCACGCCGAGGGUUUUUAACGGCUCUCUGCUGGUGCACAACCCGCUGUACCCGGUGACGGGCGAGUCGUACGGCGCGUACGCCGUGAUGCUGUUGGCGCUGGUGGUGUUCGCGGUGGGCGUGGUCGCUAACCUGGCCGUCACGUGCGCCGUGUGGCACAACCACUACCUGCAGAGCGCUCGCAACUGCGUCCUGGCGAGUCUGGCGCUCUGGGACCUCGCCGUGAUCUUCUUCUGCCUGCCGGUCGUCAUCUUCCACGAGCUCACCAAGAGACGACUGAUGGGAGACGUGUCCUGCCGCCUCGUCCCGUUUAUAGAGGUGACGUCUCUGGGCGUGAGCACCUUCAGUCUCUGUGCUCUGAGUGUCGAUCGCUUCCAGACAUUAACGAGCUCCUCCUCCUCAUCCUCCUCCUCCUCCUCCUCUUCCUCCUCUAAGACCCCCGAGUCGUUCGGCUCCAUCGUGUCGAAGCUGUCAGUGAUCUGGGUGGGCUCUCUGCUCCUCGCCGCCCCCGAGCUCAUGAUCUGGCGUUUGGACACGGAGCUGUCUCGCGUCUCGCGUCUCCCCGUGGACUCGUGCGUCCGUCUGCCUCCUUCAUCGCCUCAUUUCUCCGAGUCUGUCUAUUCCCUCGUCAUGACGUACCACGAGUCGCGCAUGUGGUGGAUCUUCGGCUGCUUUUUCUGCCUGCCUUUGCUCUUCUCGUUCUCAUGUCAUCUUCUGACGAGCCAGAUCUCCGACAGCACCGUCCACGCGUCCUCUUCCUGUCACGCUUCCUCGUCUUCCUCCUCGUCCAAGAAGCUCGUCACGUUGCUAGCGAUCGUUUACGGAGUGUUCUGCCUCCCCGAACACGCCUGGAACAUCGGGCUCACCUACGCCGGAGUGCAAGUGGGCGGGGCCACGCUGGCGCUGCUGGCUCUGAUUGGUCAGUUCCUGAUGUUCGUCAGGGCCUCGGCCACGCCCAUUUUGAUCCUCAGCUUGUGUCGAUCGUUGGGGCAGAGCUUCGUGGACUGCUGCUGUUGCUGCUGUGAAGAAUGUCUGCCCAACAAACCUUCAUCACCAUCGCUGGCGUCGUCGUCUGUGUCAUCCUCGUCGUCAGUUCUGGAGAAAGAGAAGAAGUUGCAGGUCGACUUUGAGAAGAAAAUGAAAGAGAAUUCGGCGGAGAUGGCUAUAGGAACUCCAUGCUGAGAUCUCUGCGCUGGAACAGAUACAGCAGAUCAGCCGCGUACAUCUCACUGAUUUCAUUCAUAACUUCCACACUCAUAUCAUCUCCUGACUAUAACAGAGCUGGACACUGACUCCGCCCACUCUAUCAGUGGACCAGUGAACUGGACAGUGUUCACAGUCCAGCGCAAGGACACGUGUCCAUCAUGUUCCCUUUGGACAGGUUUAAACAGUGACACUGCUGAAUGGAGCCACAGCUACAGUUAUUCAGUCUAACACCCAUAACACUAAUGACCUUCAUGUUAUAUUUUAUAUCUAUAUCUCUUAUCAUGUGUUGUUGUGUUUAUUUGUUCCGUAAGCUGUAUGCGACUAAAUACACUGCUAGUCUGUGAUUUUAGAGUCCCGAGGAAUGAAAACAUGCUGGACGUUCUGGUUAGCGAGUUGGCUUUGGGGUCAGCGAGUAACACAGACACGUGCUAAUAAAUAAAAUCCAAAAUCCACACCAACACUUCAGCAUCAUCAUCAACCACUCGGGAGGAGGUUAUUGAAGUGGGAAACGUUUUUAGACAGGUCAUUUAGAAAUCGAGAACUCUUAAGGGUUCUCUGGGUUCCAGAAAUGAUUCAUUUACCUGGAAGCUAAAAACCUUUUAUUAUCCAGUUUCUGCUAGUGCACGUGUGCAGGACAAAUCAAAUUAUUGAUCAUUAUUCGCUUCUUAAUACUAAAAUUUGUCAGACAACAUUUAAAAAUAAGGUUCUUUAACAGGUUCCUUAAUGGGUUGUUUGGAUAAUUAUGGGUUCUUUGCCUUCUAAAAGUGUUCUGUUCUGUGUUGGAACUCUUUCUGACAGAAAAACACUGUUACUGAAGGUCGUUAAGGGCUCUGCGUGUUCUGAGAGCGUAUAAUGGGAGUAAAGGACGUUUAGUCUAGACUCUAGCGCUGAGCUGUGUGAGAACACGCUAAUCACUGAGGUUGUUACAGGUGUGUGUCAUUAACAAGUGAGUUAAUUGGAGUGUUCUGAUUGGCUGGUGCUGAUGACACUCGACUAUUUAACACCUUGAGUUAAGCUGAUCUGUGGGGUUCCCCCUGUGAAAGCUGAUUUUCAGUUCUUAUGGAAAUGUAAUGUCUAUAUCUGUGUAUUGAACAGAGUGAGAAGCUUCUGUAGUUUUUAGUUAAAUUCUUAGCUUUUCUUUUUUCUUCUUCUUUAUCUGUUCAGGGCUUGAACUUUCCUCUGGGUUUUUGUUUUCAAGCUUGCUUGACUAAUCCAUCGCCGCUGAAACUAUUUUCCCGUUUCUGAUAUUUUCAGUAGUAGUGAUGGUUUCUGUGCUGCUCUGCUGCUUAACUUCAUUCUGUACUGAUAUUAAUGUCAGCAAAAAAAAUUCUGGAGUUAUUGUGAGUGAGAAACACAGUGAGAAACACACUAUUAGCCACAUUAACUCUGUCUUGGUAUGUCUGGAUGAACAGACCCUGUUUGUUUGUGUGUGUUGUUAGCAUAUGUAGCUUAAUGUUAUGAAAAUCAUGUAACUAGCUGAGAUUAUUUACAUGUUCAUAAACAAUCUGAUCACGUGAUCAUGCAUAAUAUCUUAAUUAAAAGCAGAUUAACGUCAUCAGAGUUUAGGUUCAAGAACUUUGUCAAAUGCGCGAGUGUUCUCUGGAGAAUGAACUCCUGAGAUUUUGAGGAUAGAUAAAUAAAUAUAAAAAUACCUGGAUUUUAGUUCCAUGAUCAGAUUGUUUAAGUGUAAAGUUACAAAAGCAACACAAGCACUAAACACCACAAACGUCAUCCAGCAGCAACAGCCAUUAAAGCCUCAAAUCCCAAUAUUCAUCUUUCUCGUGGUAGGAAGUGUGGAGUCACAUGAAGGUGAUGGAGAACUGCGACGCUGUGUGUUUAUAACCCGAGUAUCUGACGAACACGCUAACGCUGGCGUGCGGAUAAACACACCGAGGGAAUUAGAAAUACAAUCAGAUUAUUUUGUAGGUGAGAAAAUACACGUUUAUUAUGAUGAGAUUUUUUUUAAAUCUCGCUUUUCAGUUUGUGGAUGUAGAUAAAGCACUGAGAACUGUGAUGCUGGGUUCUGUGUGCGUGUGUGUGUGUGUGUCGUGUUACACAAGACUAGGAAUUUAUUGUAGAUUACAAAGAUAAUAUAGUUUAAUAUAGUUGAAGUACAGAGCAGUAAUAACACACUGUAGUCAUCAUCCAGCCUUCAGAACACUCACAUAGAAAACGUUUAACCUUUAAUCUCUGUGUGUGUGUGUGUGUGUGUGUGUGUGUGUGUGUGCUUGUUUUAAAUCUAAACUGUAGCUCAGUAAUGAAACUUGAAGACUGUAUUAUAUUUUUUCAUUUAUUCACAGCUGAACUCAAUAAAAGAUGAAAGAUG